AUGGAGGCUGAUGAGGUCGAUGUAACCAUAGUAUAGAUUUAAGCUAUUAAUAAUCCUGAGCAUCACUAGGAAUUUGCCAAAUCAAAUCAAGCUUAGCUUUUAAAGAUUGAGGAUAGGCAAGAAGCACCAUUAAUGUCGCCUAUCAACUAAAUAGAAGACAAAUGUGGCUACUGUGUGAAAGAAGGGGUGUAAACUAUUACGACUGGGGAGCCUAGAGGCCGUAUAUUUGGUUAAAAUGAACUUGUUGGAGGAACUUAACAUUACUAUGAGGAAUGUGUAAAUCCUUUGGAAUGCUUUAUUCACAGUGAAGUACACCAGGAUUAUAUAGAUAGAGACAAAAGAGUAAAAUAAGCUUAGCAAAAAUAUAAAAAUGAGGAGGAAAAAGAAGGAGGAGGGUCAUCACUUGUAAACAAAAUUAAAUAAGGAUUCAAUGAGCUUAAAGAUGCUAUAUUAGGCAAAAAGGAACAUAAGCCGGAUGAAUUUGGAGUGAAGGAUCUUGACGAAAUUGAUGAAAACGAUAUUGCUUAAGAAGAAAAGAUUGAUUUACCUGUAAAAGAAAACCUUUAUCACAAGGAUGUCAGAGGUAGUGGGUCCCAGAAGUAGAUAUCUUUACUGAGGGAUGAUGAAAACCUUGAAUUUUAGAGAUAAAGUAUUUCCGAUAGAGAGAAUGUUAGCGAAGAGUACAUUAUGAGAGAUUCAAUACAAUACUAAUAAGAAGGUAUAUAGAAUAAGGAAGUAGAAGCUACAUUAAGAGAUUUUAAUAACUUAAAAUAAUUAAAUUUAGAAGAAAUAAAACAAUUUGAGAACGCUCCAACAGAAAUGUACCGAUAAAAUAUUGACGAUAGAACUUUGAGAACUGGUGAGGAAAACGCUAUCCUGACUGGUCCUAGAUUACAGUAAACUUAAUAUGCCUCAACUCAUGGUGCCACGACAGUCACUCAUGAUACAAGAAUCCUUAACCAGCCUAUAUAAACAGUAAAUAUUUUAAUUAAAUAUUUCAGAGUCAAACUGCUUAUGUCUAACCAAUGCACACUACCUCUGCAUUUGCAGAGAAUUAGCAAUACAUAAAUGAAUAAGAAUGCUUUUACUGCACCUCCUUUGCAUCUUGAACAUCAUUAAAAAUAUCAUAAAAAGAAGCCUCUCUUUAAUUCUAAGAACAUCAGAGAAGCUGAUCUUUAUCAAGAAGAUGUAUCUGGUUCAAGAGUAUAGGCUAAUACUCUAGCAGGAAUGCCUCUGACUUAUGAUAAUAGACCUGUCCAUGAAUUGCACACUGGUGGAUAUAGAUAGCCAGCUCAUGAGCAUUAUGGCGAACUUCAUCACGAAGCAAGGGACAUGGGCCAGAAGCAUAUUCAUACUUUAACUCCUACAGAUCAAGUUGUUGGAUCUAACUUGAAUUAGAGAUUAGGUACAACUGAAUAUAUGUAGAAUUAUGAGGAGAAUCCUAUCAUUAGAGAAGCGCAGUAUGAAGGAUCAAGCUCAUACACACGAUAAUAAGAGCAGAUAUACACUACUAAUGUAGGUUAGACUGCUGGUGUUGGAACUACUGCUUACACCACUUAAUAUGAACCUGCAUAAUAUUAGAUGCAGAGAGAAAGAGAAACCUAACACUUUGAACGAUAAGAGCAACCACGAAAUGUUGAAACUGAAUAUAGACAAGAGACAAGUGAGUUUAGACCAGAGUAAGCUGAAUAUAGACAAAUGGAAGCUGGCUAUAGACAAGAAGGAGCAGAAUAUAGACAUGAAGAAGCUGAGUAUAGAUAAGAGUAAACAGGAUAUAAUAAAGAAUAAUACGGCUUUAAGGAGGGAACCUAGUUUACAACAUUAGAGAACCCAGAGGUGACUUAGUUUUCUCAUUAGGAAAGAGUACCAAAUGAAUGUGAAUACUGCAGAAAUGAAGAAGAUGUUUUACCACACAAAGAACAUGUCUCUCGAGGAUGGCUAAGACCUGAAUAUGUUCCAUUUGAGAGAUAAGACAAUUAUGCAAUAUAGAGUAGUGCUCCUCUAAUAUAAACUGCUCCAACAGCCAGAGUGACUGAUGCAAAAUUACCUUUUGGUGGAACUAAACCUGGCCAAUACAUGGCUCAGGAGAUUCCAAUAUUAUAUGGAUGGGGUGCAGCACCCUCUCAGAGAUUAUAUAAAUCUAAUGAGGUUGUGGGAAUGAAUUAUGCAGGACCUGCAAUGGCCACUAAGCCUCAUAAGAGUUCCAGAGCUGACAAAAAGGCGGACAAGAAAAUACAUAAAGAAGCAGUAAAAGAAGCAGGUUAGCAUAAACUUGAGUAAGAAUAUCAAGGAAAUAUCAUGGAACAAACUGCUGAAACUAAAAAUAAGAUAUUUUAGAAUGUACAUGAGCCAAUUGACAGCACAAUUGUCGAGAAUAAACUUCAUUGA